AUGAAGUAUACUCACGCAAUAAUGUUACGUUUUCCAUCAUCACUAAAAUUCGAAGAUAAAAAGAUGAAAAAUAAAAUUGAUUUGGCUUUGGCAGCAAAACAACAUCAAGAUCUUAGCGACACUUUGAGAGAGUCAGGCGUUGAAGUAAUCGAAUUACCUCCAGAAGAAGACUGUCCUGUUCAAAAUCUUUUUGCUGAUGAUAUUGCUAUCGUAAUUAACGGGACAGCUUUAUUAACUAGACCAAAAAGUCAAAAUAAAAAAAAUUCGACAACUAGAGCAAACGAAUUUAUUGCCCAUUUAAAUGUUUUGGCAUGGCAAGUUAUGGAUACACCGACACAUUUACAUGGAAAACAAGUUUAUCUUGAAGGUUCUGAUGUUUUGUUUACUGGAAAGGAAAUAUUUGUUGGAAUUAGAAAAAAUGGAACGAAUACUGAAGGAGCUUUGCACGUCGCCAAAACCUUUGCUGACUUUUCCGUCAUUCCAAUAAAUAUUGGGAGCAAUUCGCCACUUAAAUCUCGUCUUUCGGUUGCAACAAAUGAUGUUUUGGUUAUUGGAAAAGAUAAGGAAUCGCAAAAUAUUUUACAGAGAAUUGAAAGAGAUGCAACUUUUCGUUAUAAAGUGCUUACAAUCGAUAAUGAAGAAGCAAUUACCUGUUUAAAUGUGAACAAUCGACUACUUUUUCGUCAUGAUCUUAAUGAAAUGGUUUUUUUAAUUUUUAAUAGAAACUAGGGGUGAUCCCCGACACUUAUUCCUCGUUCGAAUAUGGUUUUUAGGACAAUCCCCGAUCCUCGUUCUCCGAAGGCCGUUCCUCGACAUCCCCGCCUCUUGACUUCUCCAUUCCAUUGACAGUCAUUCCCCAUUCAUGGGCCCCCUGCUCCCCGAAAAAUUCUCUCC